GGAAAAUGUGUCUGACCCGUCACUGUGGAGUUUGAGGUCUCCAUCUCACAGCUUGUUAAAGUGGAUGAAGUCAAUCAGAUCAUGGAAACGAAUCUUUGGCUGAGACAUAUAUGGAAUGACUACAAGCUGAAGUGGGCACCUGCAGAGUUUGAUGGGAUUGAAUUCAUCAGAGUCCCAUCAAACAAAAUCUGGAGGCCUGACAUUGUACUUUACAACAAUGCUGUUGGGGACUUCUUGGUGGAGGACAAAACCAAAGCUCUUUUGAAAUAUGAUGGAACCAUCACAUGGGUCCCUCCUGCAAUCUUCAAAUCAUCCUGUCCUAUGGACAUCACGUACUUCCCCUUUGACUAUCAAAAUUGCUCUAUGAAGUUUGGCUCCUGGACCUAUGACAAGGCUAAGAUUGACCUGGUUCUUAUUGGCUCAAAGGUAAACCUUAAAGAUUUCUGGGAGAGUGGAGAGUGGGAGAUCAUUGAUGCACCUGGUUAUAAGCACGACAUCAAGUACAACUGCUGUGAAGAGAUCUACCCAGACAUAACCUACAGUUUUUACAUACGGCGACUGCCCCUGUUCUACACUAUCAACCUUAUUAUUCCCUGCCUCCUCAUCUCCUUUCUGACAGUACUCGUCUUCUACCUUCCAUCAGACUGUGGCGAGAAAGUGACAUUGUGCAUCUCUGUACUCCUCUCUCUCACUGUGUUCCUUCUUGUCAUUACGGAAACCAUCCCGUCCACCUCGCUUGUGAUUCCUCUGAUUGGCGAGUACCUUCUUUUCACCAUGAUUUUCGUUACCCUCUCCAUAGUCAUCACCGUCUUUGUAUUGAAUGUGCACUAUCGCACUCCUAUGACCCACACUAUGCCUAGUUGGGUCCGUUCCGUCUUCCUCCGAGCUUUACCCCGCAUUAUGCUCAUGCGUCGGCCUCUCGAUCUAUCAGAGACUUCUGGAAAAGGAGGCUUAGAAAGUGGGGCUCUUCCGAACGGAACAGGACGAGGAGGAGAGGGAAAAAAGAGGAAAAACAGUGGAUCCCAGCAAGGAGCAAUGAACUCUUUGGAAUUUGGAGAGGGGAAAGCAGCAUUGGAAGGAAAGAAAGGGGGAUGCCCAUGUCACCCAAUGAAAGAUGCAACUGAGGGGGAUUGUGGGAAAGUGAGUCGUCAGUUGAGUCCACAGGCUAUUAACACAGUUGUGGCUUUCUCUGUGGUGUCACCGGAGAUCAAACAGGCUAUUGAGAGUGUAAAGUACAUAGCUGAGAACAUGAGGAGCCGCAACAAAGCCAAAGAGGUGGAGGAUGAUUGGAAAUAUGUUGCCAUGGUGAUUGACCGCAUCUUCCUUUGGGUCUUUGUGCUGGUGUGUGUGCUGGGAACUAUGGGCCUCUUCCUGCAACCUCUGAUUGGCUUCCUCUCGUAAUUAACUAUACCAGCUUGCCUGCUCUAACCAAUAAUUAUCUGAGUCACUGACAUGCUCCAUAUUUCAUUAGCAUCACAAAUGUUCCAUCACUACAACAAAACUCUCCUAAACUACAUACCGGUGUUUUUGCGCAGCCAAUAAGUAAUCAGGUGUUCUGUUUUUCUCUCUGCCACUCAUCAAUUGGAGACUUAAAGACUGCUUUUUGACUUUUUAACGAUCAAUCACUCCAAGUGAACUUUCUAAUCACCAUCCUGAAGCACUGAAAUGUCCAUAAGAAGACUAAUCAAACUGAUUGGUGUUCUGUGUCCACCGCUCAGAAUUACGUUCCACUUACAAUAUCUGAUUACA